UCAAAAGUCCCAAUCCCCAACCACCUUAAAUACUCUUCUCUCUAUAAGUCACUCUCCUUCUCUCACCCUCUCCUUAAAAAAAUUCACACCAUGCCAGAAAAUAGCAACCACAACCAACCCAACAAGCGAAAACGUUCAUUUCUUAUUGCCAUUAGUGUUAUCCUAUUCUUGAUCUUCCUACUCUUCAUCAUCGCCCUGAUUCUUGCCCUAACCGUUUUUAAGCCCAAACAGCCAAAAACCGAAAUCCUCUCCGCCUUCGUGGAUGGCGUGGCUCCUCGCAUCACCUUUCCAGCAGUCCGGGUCGAACUCAACAUUACCCUCAACAUCACGAUCAACGUCGAGAAUCAAAACCACGCAAGCUUCAGGCAUGGUGAGGGAAAGACUUUGCUUCUUUACCAAGGCACACAGGUUGGGAAUGCAAACUUGUACCCGGGUAACAUUCCGGCGAGGGGCAACGCCACGCUGCCCUGCCGGCUUACUUUACAGGUGGACAAGCUGGCUAACGACAUGAGCAAAUUGAUCAGUGAUGUGGUGGGGGGUGAGAUUAUGGUCGAAACGAAAACGAGGAUUCCAGGUAGGGUUACGUUCUUGGGGUUCAUCAAGAAGCACGCUGUAGCGAUUUCAGAAUGCCAACUGACGAUUGGGUUUCCGGACAUGAAGGUGAAGAGGCAAGAUUGCAAGAGCAAGGCCAAGUUGUGAGUUGUGCGAGUUAUUAUUGCUUCUCAAUGAUUCCUGAGAAGGUGCAGAUUGUAGCAAAAACACGGAGAGAAUAGCAUGUAAAUUAGUAGGGUUUUAAUCAGAGGGAGUUAAUUAGGAUGAAUUUUAGGCUACAAAUUUUACAAAUUUUUUUCUCUUAAUCAUAGAAUUUGAUGUACGAAAACAGAAUAAAAAUAUAUGGAAAUUCGUUUAGAUUUUGGUUA